CUCAGGUGUAGCCAAUCAAAUGAAGGCUGGCUCUGUCCCAGUGAGGGUCCAGCCAGCAAUGCAGCCCUUGCACUGACACACCUGGAUGGAGUGCAGCCUUUUUAAAGCUACAGUUGUCGUCUGGCACGCCUUGUGACUCAGACUGACGCGAAACCCGUCGGUCUUGCCUUCGGGGGCAGGUUUGAUAACCUUGGCAGCAGCCACCGGCCACUCCCCCCCCAGACGAUGUGCAGAGUUGCCGUGAUAUAACAGACGGUCGCCAGCACGUCUGCAGGUAGCACCGCCGCGCCCGAGAGCUGCCCGCACCGACCCGCCCAUAAACGCACCAUGCCAGCCGAAAAAGUUCCUGACACCCCUGUGGAAGUCCUUGUGGAUCUCCUAACAAAAGCCAAGGAGAUUGCCUCAGCGAGUGCUAACGUGCCUGAAGAGUUGAAAUGUCACCUGCAGAGAGCGGUGGACAUAGCCAGCGGCCUGGACGACUACCUGGAGAAAAUGACCACGCAGGAAAGUGAACCUCUGGCAGAGCUUUAUAGGAAAACAGUUUCCCAUGACUGGGAUCAGGUGCACAAGGAUGGCAAAACCAUGUUCAGGCUUCCCAAGGAGUGCAUCACCGGCCACGUUGAAGGCCAGACCCUGAAGAUGCUUAUCCACAUGAGUCAAGCUAAGAAGGUCCUGGAGAUUGGAAUGUUCACCGGCUAUGGCGCGCUGUCCAUGGCCGAGGGGCUUCCUGAGGGCGGCUGCAUAGUUGCCUGCGAGUUAGAGCCAUACCUCAAAGACUUCGCCCAGCCCAUUUUUGACAAGUCUCCGCACGGCAAGAAGAUUAACGUCAGGACUGGAUCUGCCAUGGACACCCUGAAGGAACUGGCUGCUGCAGGCGAGCAGUUUGACAUGGUCUUCAUUGAUGCCGAUAAGAACAAUUACAUCAACUACUACAAGUUCAUUCUGGACAACAACUUGCUGAGGAUGCAAGGGGUCAUAUGUGUAGAUAACUCCCUUUUCAAGGCCAAAGUGUAUCUUAAAGACACAACAGAUGUCAACGGGCUGGCGCUCCGAGAGUUCAACCAGUUUGUCGCAGAUGAUCCUCGUGUGGAGCAGGUCAUUAUCCCACUAAGAGAUGGCAUCAGUGUUAUCCGCCGGGUAUCUAUGACCUCCGACCGCUCACUGGCCCAGAGUGAAGUAACGGACGACGAAGUUUUCCGGGGGGUCAAGGGCCUCACCAUCCUCGAUCGGAUGCGUCUUGAGGGAAAGGUGGCCUAUGUGACGGGCGCCGGGCAGGGCAUAGGCCGAGCAUUUGCUCAUGCCCUGGGUGAGGCCGGUGCAAAGGUGGCCGUUGUAGACCUGGAUCAAGACAAAGCCGAGUCUGUCGCUAAAGAGCUCUUUCUUAAAGGCAUCAACGCCAUGUCUAUCACAGCUGACAUCAGCAAACCAGACGACGUCCAGAGGAUGACCGACAGCGUCGUCUCCAAAUGGGGGGCGAUCCACAUCGCCUGUAACAACGCCGGCAUCAACAUGAACUCAGCCAGCGAAGACACCAGCUUAGAUGAGUGGGAUCAAACCUUUAACGUCAACCUGAGGGGAACAUUCAUGUGCUGUCAGGCGGCAGGUCGAGUGAUGUUGAAGCAAGGAUACGGCAAGAUUAUCAACACAGCCUCCAUGGCCAGUCUAAUAGUUCCUCAUCCCCAGAAGCAGCUUUCCUACAACACGUCCAAGGCCGGAGUGGUCAAACUGACUCAAACUCUGGGCACUGAGUGGAUUGACAGAGGAGUACGCGUCAACUGCAUCUCGCCGGGGAUUGUUGACACCCCUCUCAUCCACUCGGAGAGUCUGAGGCCUCUGGUGCAGCGCUGGCUGUCAGAUAUCCCUGCUGGUAGACUGGCUCAAGUGACAGACCUGCAAGCUGCAGUGGUCUACUUGGCAUCUGACGCCUCCGACUACAUGACAGGGCAUAACUUAGUCAUAGAGGGUGGGCAAAGUCUGUGGUAGAAGGGGUCGAUGAAGAGAUGAAAACUUUUUUUUUUUUUUUUUUGUCUCUCCUCCUCACUCUCCCGGGAUUAGUCUCUGAAAUAGGUGGCGUUCACAUUAUCUCCCUUUGACACGUUCACAGCACUGUUAGUUUAAAUCUUUGCUGGUGUUUAACUUUUGGUCAGUUAACAUCUGUUUCAUGGUGUGAUGAGAUGACUGGUAGCUUGUUUGUCCUCUGUGCCUCCCGUGCUGGUUCAGUCUGCAGUCACGUGUGUUAUGACUGUUCACUGACACUGAACGUUUGAGUGGACAGAAAACACUGUGACAUGUUAAAUACCGAUAAAGAGGUAAAGCAGCUGACCGUCCUCUUGUCACACAGUGGAAAUUUGUGAGCAUGCCCGAGAAAAUAUCUGUCCAAGAAAGUAGAGGAAAGCUGUUAUUACUGUGUGCCUUCAAACAAGUCACAAUGUCUGCUGUAUGUUCUCUUGACAUUAUUUUAUACAUCGACGCUGUCUAAACACACAAUUUUGAUAAAUAUGGCUGUUAGAUGCCACUGAAAGCAACUGUUCUUUUUCAUCGUGUCAUUUGCAAAAGUCUGCUAGUGUACUUGAAAUGUUUAGUUUAUUUUUAUUGCAUUUUUUUUAACUCAAAUUCAACUCAUGGUUCUCUGAAAUAAAGUGACAGUUUUGUACGGCGAUGAA